CCGCGCCCAGCAGCCCGAGCCCAUCCCGUGCGCCCUGAGCCCCAGGCUCCCCGGGCGGCCCCAGGCGCCCCACCACCCGCCAGUUCGACGCGCACGGCCGCUUCUGCCGGACCCCUUCCUUCCACCAGAGCCUUCUGUGGAGGACAGCGCGCUCGGCGGCCGUGCCACCUCCUCCUUCCGCUGGCCCACAGUCAGGGCUGCUCACGCCGGGAAGGAGAUGACCAGGGUCCCCGGGGCGCACCCGCCUGCCUUGCUCGGCCGCACCCAGCGGGAGACGGCGUUCUGAGCAGCCACCCUCGGGCUCAGGCCGAGACUCCCUCUCGCCUCAGUCUUUGCCUGGACCCGACCCUGCCGACCCCUGCCGUUCUCCCAGGGGGCAGAGACCCCUCUUGCCGCGCCCUCAUGGCCAGGCUCCUGCUGCUGGUUCUGUGCCUGGCUCUGGGUGUGGCUCCCGGCUGCGUGUCUGGCCUUGACCCCAAAGGGACCAGCGAGACCCCGGGCACGCAGACCGGCGCUCCUACGGACGAGACGCUGCAGAACGAGGCGGACAACCAGGAGAAUGUGUUAUCUCAGUUGCUGGGAGACUAUGACAAGGUCAAGGCCGUGUCAGAGGGCUCCGACUGCCAGUGCAAGUGUGUGGUGAGGCCCCUGGGCCGAGACGCCUGCCGGAGGGUCAACGAGGGGGCCGCCAGGAAGGAGGAUUUCUACACGGUGGAGACGGUCACGUCCGGGCCGUCCUGCAAAUGCGCCUGCAUCGCUCCGCCAUCCGCCCUCAACCCCUGCGAGGGGGACUUCAGGCUCCAGAAGCUUCGGGAAGCCGACAGCAGGGACCUGAAGCUCUCCACCGUCAUUGACAUGCUGGAAGGGGCGCUGUACGGCCUGGACCUCCUGAAGCUGCAUUCCGUCACCACCAGGCUGGUGGGGCGGGUGGGAAAGCUGGAGGAGGAAGUUUCUAAAAACCUCACCAAGGAAAACGAGCAAAUCAAAGAGGACAUGGAAGAAAUUCGAACUGAGAUGAACAAGCGAGGCAGAGAGAACUGCUCCCGCAGCGCGGACAGCGCCCCGGACAUGCGCGCCGCCCUGCAGAGGGACGCGGCGGCCGCUUACGCCCACCGACAGUAUGAGGAGCGGCUUCUACAGGAGGAGACCGAGUCCCAGCACAUCAGCUCCAUUGGGCCCCUGGCGCCCCCCGCCGUGCUGAAACCGCUGCGGCCGCUGCACAGGCAGGUCCACCUGAGGGGCCGGCCGGCCUCCAAAGCCACCGUCAUUCGUGGUGUCACCUACUACAAAGCCAAGGAUCCUGAGGAGGACGACAUGGAAGAGCAGCAAGACGAGUUUUUCAGCGGCGACAGCGGAGUGGAUUUGCUGAUUGAAGAUCAACUCCUGAGACACAACGACCUGCUGACCAGUGCCACCCGCCACGGCGCUGCUGUGGCCGCAGAUGUGGGCACCGAGACCACAGCCCUGCCCUCGGCAUGGCCGGAGGCCUCUCCCUCGGCCCCCCACACCCCUACCCCGACUGUCUCCACCUCAGUUGAACAAUCGUCAACACCACUGCCAACCCUGUUUCCAGAGCCCCCGGGGCACCUUACAGCUGCCCCUCAGGCACCAGCCACCACCGUGGCUACCAGGGCAGCCCAGCCACCUCCCGCCCCAGCUUCUCUGCCAGUGGCUCCUGAGGACACAUUUCUGGAGAGCGCACACUUGGCCCCAGUGCCCUCCACCACAGUCAGCACAGGCUCGCUGGGGAAGGACACCACUGCCGGGCGGGGCACGGCCCCCGCCAGCCCCACGCUGAGCCCCGAGGAGGAAGAUGGCAUCCGGAACGUCAUAGGAAGAUGCAAAGACACACUGUCCACCAUCACCGGGCCCACCACCCAGAACACCUACGGGCGCAACGAAGGCGCCUGGAUGAAGGACGCCCUGGCCAAGGACGAGCGCAUCUACGUCACCAAUUAUUACUAUGGCAACACCCUGGUGGAGUUCCGGAACCUGGAGAACUUCAAACAGGGCCGCUGGAGCAACUCCUACAAGCUGCCCUACAGCUGGGUGGGCACGGGCCACGUGGUGUACGGCGGGGCUUUCUACUACAACCGCGCCUUCACCCGCGACAUCAUUAAGUACGACCUGCGCCAGCGCUACGUGGCCGCCUGGGCCAUGCUGCACGACGUGGCCUACGAGGAGGCCACGCCCUGGAGCUGGCAGGGCCACUCGGACGUGGACUUCGCUGUGGACGAGAACGGCCUGUGGCUCAUCUACCCGGCCCUGGACGACGAGGGCUUCAGCCAGGAGGUCAUCGUCCUGAGCAAGCUCAACGCCGCGGACCUGAGCACGCACAAGGAGACCACGUGGCGCACCGGGCUGCGCAGGCACCUGUACGGCAACGGCUUCGUCAUCUGCGGCGUGCUGUACGCCGUGGACAGCCGCAGCCAGCGCAACGCCAGCAUCUCCUACGCCUUCGACACGCACACGCACACGCAGAUCGUGCCGCGGCUGCUGUUCGAGAACGAGUACGCCUACACCACGCAGGUGGACUACAACCCCAAGGACCGGCUGCUCUACGCCUGGGACAACGGCCACCAGGUCACCUACCACGUCAUCUUCGCCUACUGACCCCCGGCCAGCGCGCGCGGACGUGCGUGUGCGUGUGUGCGUGUGCAGAUGGAUGUGUGCUGUGUAGAAAAUAUAUAUUAUUUUGUAUAAUGUAAAAUGACAACUUGGGUCUAUUUUUUUUAUGUGGGUUGUAGAUCAAUCCGUACGUGUAUGUGCUGGUUCAUCCUCCACGGUCUAUAUUUUUGUGCAAAUGAACUUCUCCUUUUGACCAGUGACCACCUUCCUUCGAGCCCUGUGCCCUCAGCCCCCAGGUCUGGACGCCGCACAGGUUUCCAUCCGGCAGAGGCACCGGGAGCAGGGGUGAAAGAGGCAAGAAGGAAGAGCUAAGGGGCAGGAAAAAAUUAUGUACUGGAGAAGUUUUAAAAACCCAGAAAAAUGCUUUUUUAAUAAAGAAGAAAUUUAAAAUCA